AAUAACUUCUGAUACAUACUUAUCGGUAAAGUUGUCAACAUGGUGAAUUUUUUUUAACGUGCCCAUUCAUCUCCUAUUCUGAGAACAUGACUUGUUUUCUUCAGUAAAAUCGAUCAUGACAUCAGCUUUAAGAUAAGAGAGACUCACACUCAGAUCAUUGAGGAGAAGCUCAUCACAUCUCGACGUGUUGAAUUUUGGGUGGAAGCUCACGUGGGAGGCUCCGUGUGCAAAUCGAACAAAACUUCGGGUAUACUCAACCAAAUAGUUAAAUUUGAAGCACCAGAAGACAUUUCAGUGACCUGGUUUCAAAACCACCUCAAUGUGACCUGGAAGGCUGCAGAGAAAUACCCGGCCUUGGCUGAGGUCUGGUUUCGAAUAGAUGAAACCAAGUCUUGGAAAAAGAAAGUGAACACCACAGAAUUCAGGCCCAGUAAGAUGGCAUAUCAGCUAGCUUUCGAGACCCUGCAGAAGCAUACAUCUUACCAGGUUAAGCUCCGACAUCGGACCACGGUGACCCGCACCCCCCUGUGGAGUGAAUGGUCUCCACUCAUCAUUGUACCUGCAGAGCUUGAAGAUAAGCUGGAGGUCAAUGUGACGUUGAAACAAUUAGAAGGUGCACGGAAGGUCACGCUCAUGUGGAAGCCAGUUGACCAUGCAGCAGCAGUACCCAGUGUGUCAUACAUCCUGAGGGACACACAAACCUCCGAGGGAUGUCCUUGUGAGAAGGAGGAGGAGAUCCGUCCCACCGACAAGACAGAAUACACAGACUACGUGUCCUACUCUCCGGUCAACUUCUCCGUCAUCGCCAGAAACGCAGCAGGCUCCUCCCCCGUAGCCGUCGUACACAUACCAGCAGAACCAGCUCCUCAUUUAAAACCUUGUAAUAAAAAACUAGUGGAUGCAAAACGGAACGAGACUAAUCACUGUCUCGAGUGGUACAAGCUUCAAGAUGGAGACUUGAAGCUCGUGGCAAGGAAGACAAAAAGAGACAAGAAACUUUUUAGAAAGAGCAUCAAGGACUACGUGGGUUACAUUUACUUUGAGCACCUGUGCAUCGACGAGAAACCAAAGACAGUUCAAAUGUGCGUCUAUUAUAAAAAAGAAAAUGUUCCAAAAAUAGCUCCUCAAGAUCUUUUGGCCUUCAAUGAAACGCAUAAUUCUGUUACACUGACAUGGAAAGCCAUUCCCGAAGAUGAUGCACGAGGUUUCCUAACACACUACAAUGUGUGCAGUUUGAAAAUAAAUUUGGAGAAGGAGCACAUUGAAUGUCACACUGCAGCAGCUUCCUUGUCAGAAUACCGUGUGGAAAAUUUAACACCUGUAACAAAAUACAACUUUACUGUAGCUGGAGUUACAAAAGCUGGAGAAGGUCCAAAGGCCACAGUAACUCUCAAAACACAACCACUGAAUCUUAUGAAAGGAUGGUUAAUACUUGCCUUGGUUAUGGCAUUCUUGUUCAUCUUUCUUUUAAUGGUGUGCUCGUGUACCUGGAAAAAAAUGAAAAAGAAGAUACUUGUUCCACUACCAAAGCCUCCUAUUUUGGAGUUUGCUGCUCAUCAGGGAAAAUCAGUCCAUCAGGAUAUGCUGGAGGAGAACGAGGAGGUGGUGAAUGAAGUGACACUGCACAAGUUGCUUCCAAAGGAAGAGAAAGAUUUAGAGGAGACCACCAUGUCGUUGAACAUUGACAUCAAGAGGACAAGAGAUGAUGCUCUGAGCCUUUCUUCUACCCAACAAGCAUUGAGGAGUUCCAAAGAGGAGGAAAUGACAAACAUGGAACAAGAAGAUGUGCUUGCCUUGCUGCGCUACAGGAAAGGCUUGAUCUUUGAUAUGAAGACGGACGAAUGUUAAAUUAACUGGCUCUUAUUUUGACAUGUUUGUUAUCUCCAGAAAUGUUCAAUCACUAUCUGAUUUGAAUUGACUCUAUGUGUCAUAGCAAGUCAUUUUCAACCACAGAAGGGUGAGCCGUUUGUCCCCAUAUCAUAAACUUUGAAUAAAUACUGGAGCAAAUAAAAAAGG